CAAAGUCAUCGUCACAUCUAUAUGUAUCAAUUUGAUAGUUAAUCACUCACUAAUUUGCCGAGGCAUGGUUGAAUCCCAGUCAGGUGUUGCUCCGGUAAACCGCGAGUCAGUGACCAUUCAAGUUCACCAAAUAGCGGCCAACUAUGACCAGCUGCCAGAAAGAUUUAUCUGUAAAGAAGAUGAAGAGUAUGGUAACAUCACCAAGACUGUCGAGUCUUCUCAAACGGAGAUUCCUGUUAUUGAUGUUAGCCUCUUAACUUCAUCUCAUUUGGAGCUCGAUAGGCUUAAAACAGCUCUUACCACUUGGGGGUGCUUUCAGGCAAUUAACCAUGGAAUUGAAGGUCCCCUUUUGGAUAAAGUUCGCGAAAUCAGCAGACUCUUCUUCAAUUUAUCAGCAGAGGAGAAGAAAAAAUGCUUGAGGGAAGAAGGUGAUGUUGAAGGCUAUGGAAAUGACAUGGUCCUCUCAGAUCGCCAAACUCUUGAUUGGACUGACAGACUGUUUCUCUCUGUUCUUCCUGAAGAUCAACAAAGGCUUCAAUUUUGGCCUCAAAAUCCUACUAACUUCAGGGAAGUGGUUGAUAAAUAUUGCUCCAAAGUUGAGUUGAUCAAUGAAGUUAUCUUUAAAGCCAUGGCUAGAUCAUUGAACUUGGAGGAGAAUUGUUUCUUAGACCAAUAUGGGACAACAAAUUCAAAAAUUUUGGGAAGAUUUAACUACUACCCUCCUUGUCCAUGGGCUGAUAAAGUGUUGGGACUCAAGCCACAUUCUGAUGGUUCAGCCAUCACAUUUCUGUUGCAAGAUAAAGGGCUUGAAGGUCUGCAAAUUUUGAAAGAUGGUCAGUGGUUCGGAGUCCCUAUUGUUCCCGAUGCUCUAACCAUCAAUGUCGGCGAUCAAAUGGAGAUAAUAAGUAAUGGAGUGUUCAAGAGCCCGAUACAUCGAGUGUUCGUACACAAAAAGGACCAAAGGAUUACUGUGGCUAUGUUCUGCAUGCCUCAAACUGAAAAGGAUAUUGGACCUAUAGAUGGGCUGAUUACGGAUGACACGCCAAGGUUAUACAAGAACGUCACUUUUUCUCUCGACUUCUAUUUAAAGAAUUACCAGGAAGGUACGAGAUCAAUUGAUGCUUGCAAGAUUUAACUAUGUUCAGAAGAUGGUCUUUACAUCUGUUCUUAAGUGUUUGUUCAUUUUGUCCAUUUUUAUUUGUUUUUAUUUUGUUGUUGUCGCCAACAUAAGAACAGAAACCAUUGUUAAACAUAAGAAUUUGUUUGUGGGAUGUCAUUUAGCUAAAAAAAGAUUUGUGGGAUUGAACUA